ACAAAAGUUCGUGUUUUGUUUUUGGCAAUAACACUUGAAAGCAAACACAUGUUGCCAAAAACGAGCCCCUAUAAAUAAAAGAAAACGAAGAGACUAAAGAAAGAAGGCAGGCAAGCGAUGGCAAACAUGGAAUGAAUGAAUAAAACGGCAGCGGAUGGUGUAAUGAAACCUCAACCUCUCCAUGGAGGAGAAGAGGGAGAAAACCUGAGUGGAAUGGAGAAGAGGAGCACCGUCUCCCCCUCCUCCUACGACUAGCUAUAGAAGAUAGCCGAGAAGAAAGCUUGGUGUUAGCAGAAGAAGAAGAGGAGCAAAUGGAAGCAGUGCUGCCGCUUGCCGAGGACGAUUGGGUGGAGGUGCUUCGUUCUCUCGCGGCCAAGGAAGGGGAGUCCUCGCUCGAGCUCGAGCUCGCCAGUGACGAUGGCGGCGGCUGCUACCUCCGGUCGGCGAGGAAGGAUGCGGUGGAGUGGGUGUCGCGCGCUGCGGCGCGCCACGCCUUCUCCCCCCUCACGGCGGUCCUCGCCGUGAACUACCUCGACCGCUGCUUCCUCUCCCGCGCCGCGGGCGGUGGGCUCCGGCUCCAAGACGACAAGCCAUGGAUGGGGCGUCUUGCGGCCGUCGCUUGCCUCUCCCUGGCGGCAAAGGUGGAGGAGACGCGCGUCCCUCUCCUGCUCGAUCUCCAAGCAGAGGAGGGGAAGUACGUGUUCGAGCCGAGGACCAUAAGGCGGAUGGAGCUUCUGGUUCUCGCCGCGCUCCGCUGGAGGAUGAAUCCCGUCACCCCCCUGUCAUUCAUCCACCACCUACUCCCCCGCCUCCGUUCUAAGGAUAAGAUCGCCAACACCGAUCCCUCCGCCGCCACCGGCAUUGCCAUGGCUCGGAGGUGUGAAGCGGCUCUCCUGUCGGCAAUAGCUGAUUGGAGAUGGGUUCAGUUUCCUUCAUCGGUCUGGGCAGCGGCGGCACUACUCCAAGCGUCCGCGGUGGCGGCUCAAGAAAGCCACUGCGUCAUCUCCCUCCUCAACGUCCCAAUGGCAAAAGUGGAAGAAUGCCAUCAGCUAAUGCUGGAAUCAGCGAGCGCCGCCAUUACCGGACACAAGCGCAAGCAUUCGUCUUCCGUUUUCCACUACUGUUCAUCGCCACCGAGCCCCAUUGGGGUGGUCGGCUCCUGCUUCGGCAGCGAGAGCUCAAGCGACUCCCAGGCGAUGCGGCCGCCAUCACCCGCGGCACAUCCUCUCCAGAAGCAGAUCAAUGGCAGUGAGAGAGGAAGGUGUUGAUUCUGUUGGAGUACAAGUAUCAUCUGUGCCUUCCAUCUCUGCCAUUGC